GAUUUAAACUGACGCUCGAACAGCACGAUUUAUUGCUUACUCUCGCUGUAAUCGCUCCUGUGCAUCUAUAAGAAUGACCUUGCCCGUGAAUAUUCUGACCCUUUCGGCCCCUUCGGCGGGUGAGUUGGACUCGUUGAUCGAGUCGUACAAGGUCUACCUACGCGAGGAGGGGGGCAGGCUAAAUUUGGCCGAUGUGGCCUAUUCCGCCUCCCGCUCGUCUGCUCACCUUCACCCCCACCGACUGGCCGUUGUGGGAAAAUCCUGUCUGGAUGUGGCCAAUAAUUUGGAGAAACUUCGUUUCGAACGGGACGUGGUGGUCAAGGAUGGCAACGUUCCAAAAAUAUGCUUUCUCUUCAGUGGGAACGGGAGCUCCUUCCACCGGAUGGGCCAAACCCUGUACGAGACCAUGCCCCACUACAAGCGAGAGUUGGAAAAGAGUGCAGAUAUCAUGCGACGGGAAUGCCCUGAGCUGUCCUUCCACGACGCUUUAUUCGGCGAGGAUGAGUCACUGAUGGAGAAUCCCGUGUACGACGCUCUCACUCACGAGGUCACCAACUACAUCGUCAGCAAUCUGUGGACUCACUGGGGGAUCAAGCCCGACUGCGUCCUGGGGCACAGCUUAGGAGAGUACGCUGCAGCUCCGGCCUGCGGGAUUCACAGUCCGGAGGACACACUGAAAAUUUGCUUCAGUAUGUUUGAGGCUGGUGGAUUAUGGCCUCCCGGAAGAAUGGCGGUGGUUAUGGCUGAUGAGAAAACACUCGAGAAUUUGAUAGCUCAAUGUCAAGCUCUGACCAAGGCAACCCCUGGCUCCUGGAUUUCCCUGGCAGGGACGAACUCACAGGUUCAACACGUCGUAGCCGGUGCACCCUCCACGAUUGCCAACUUCCUCGACCUGUGCAAAAAUAAUGCGGUAAAGGCGGUUCAACUCCCGUUGCGUGUAGCGUACCAUUCCCAGGGCGUGGACCCUAUGGUGGAAACGGUCAGAGCCUCGUCUGACACACUCACCUACAAUCCACCCAACUGCGCCUACAUUUCCUGUCUCACGGGAAAAGUUGUAGAUAAAAUUGAGAAGGGCUACUGGCCCAGACAUAUCCGCGAACCUUUCCAGUUUUCGGAAGCAUGUCGAACUGCGUAUGAUGAUUGUGGGGCUCGUGUAUUUCUCGAGAUGGGAGGUCAACCCAUCAUCUCCGCACUCGUGAUGCAGAACGCGGACGAGCUUGCCUGGAAAGAACCCAUCAACUGCCUGCAAUCCAUGCGGAAAGGGAAAGACGAUCUGGAAGUCAUGCUAGACUCACUCGCCAAACUCUACGUCAUGGGUUAUCCGGUGAACUGGACCAACUUUUACCAGGACUUUGACGUCCACCAAGUGUCCAUCCCCGGAGGAGUAGUGGCAAACGGCCAUCAUGUCGUGCUAGCUCCCCUUCCCGAGAAUGAGAUGACGGAGGAGGCAUUCUGGACAUCACUGAACCAAGCUGGAUGUCAGGAGUCGAGAUGUGACGUCAUUCUCCGCUACGUUUUCCAAGUGAUGAGACGAGUGCUCAAGUCAGACGAGUUUGACCUUGACCCUUCGCAGGAGUUCCGUGCUUCUGGGAUCGACUCCCUCCUCGCCAUUCAGAUGAAGACACAUUUGCAGAAGGUGCUGGGGUCCCAAGUGGUCUUUGGGUUCAACGAUCUCAUCGAAUGCUACACUCCGCAACAACUGGCUCAAAAGUUGCACCAAUUGAUUUACACCGUUGCGAACAAGAAUGAAGAGAAGGAGGAGGUGAAGAGGCUCGUGCGGGCCGAUUCCGUCCUCUGGGAUCACAUCAAACCCUCGCCCACCAGUCAACCUGUCCCCCUCGACCAAAUCAAAUCCGUCCUGGUGACUGGAGCCACUGGGAAUUUGGCCCCACAUCUCGUCGCUGAGUUGGCCAAGCGGCCUCAAAUUGAGAAAAUCUACUGCUUGGUGCGUGAAGGGCGUGACACGUCGGCGCAAGAGAGGUUGGAGAAACACCUCAAGGCUGAGGGGAUUUGGGAUAAGAUUCCCACUACUUGCCAAGUAAUUGCAGUGAAGGGCAACAUUGUGGACGAGUUCUUGGGAAUGGAGAAGGGCGAGUACGAAAAAUUGGCAGAUCAAGUGAAUGCUGUCAUCAACUGCGCGGUUACGAGCAAUCAUUUGGCCACUUACAAAGAGGAAGACCUGAAGUAUGGAGGGGUCCGGGCCGUGAACGUUAUUGGGGUGCAGCGAGUCUUGGAAUUUUGUGCAUUAAAGAGGACAAAGUGGGUCUUCCAUGCCUCCACCUUCCUCGCCCUGUGGGGCAAGAAGGAUUACCACUACUACCGGAUGCCUGAGGAGUGGCCCAUCGAAUUUGUCAAUGACCUCGAUAAAUUUCCCAACUUUGGCUACUCAAUUUCGAAAAUCAUCGCGGAUCAACUUGUCCACCAAGCGACCCAACGUGGCAUCCCCUGCAAGGCCUUCCGCUUCGUCAAGAUCGGGGGUGAAACGGAAACUGGGCGACAGAAGGUGAUGCAGAACCACUUUUUCCUUAAAUUCCUCCACUACAUCGUGGGAGGUGUCAUGCCAAGCAUAGACGUGCCCCUCCAGAUAAUGCCAGUCGAUACGUGUGCCCAAAUCUCACUCCGAGUCUUCUUUGACGAGAGAGCGUGCCCCUCUGACAUUUACAACGUCAUCACUCCCUAUGCUGUGAAUGAGCUCGAUUUGGUCAACAUGGUGGAAGAGUUUGGACCCCAACUCAAAAUCCUGUCGCAAUUGAGUCGUAUCGUGGAGAAAUUUGGGGAGGAUGGGGCGCGGCAAAAAUGGUUGGAAAUGUCCGCUUCUGGUCCUUUGGCGAGGGUCGUCAAGGAGUUGGACACGACGCUGGGGGAAAACUGGUGGGAAAACCCGUCCUCCGCUUUCAAGAAUGAGAACGUGAUGGAGUUUAUACGCUCACAAUUCGGUGGGGAGAUGAGGGUGGUUCCCUACGAGGAAUAUGUCAAAUGCCUCGUCGCACACGGAGAGGACUCGCUCAUUUACCACUGGAUUGACUUUUAUACCAGCGAGGAUUCAGUCUUCAACCUUGCGGACAAGGGGGAAAUGCCCCUCCAGCCGAGUUGGAACAAGAACCAGACAUACUUUAUGCGUUGGGGAAAGAUUGAGAUGCUGUACCCCAACCUGCGCGACAUGAUUGAACACCCCUGGGAAACCUUGAGACGAGACAUUCACUACACUAUUGACAACGCCAAGGACAUUUUCAGAAACCGAUACCACAAACAGUAGGGGAAGCAGUAAAUUGUUAACUUUAUGCUACUAACAUAUCAUGUAAAAGUAAAUAAUAAAUAUGUACAUGAAAGUAAAUACUUCUUGGAACUCCUCAUGACACACGAGGAUGCAAAUUA